AUGAACGACCACAAGCUGAUUUCGCUCACAAAACGGAAUAUGAUGAGGGAGUUGGGGCACGACGCCGUCGUGUUGAGUCUCUCAGCCAACUUUGCUUGGAUCACCAGUGGUGCUCGUAGCUACGUCUUCAUGGCUACAGAAGGUGGAGCUGGCUCCAUUUACGUCGACAACACCCAAGUGGUAGUGUUGACCAACGAGAUUGAAGGUCACAAAUUAGUGAACGAAGAGAUGCGAGGUCUUGAGGAACACGUCAAGCUCGUGCAAGACCCGUGGUAUGCUCAACGCAGCCACGCAGACAUGGCCAAGAAGCUCGCUCAGAGCGACAAAAUCGCGGUCGACAGCAUCAAUACUGAAGUGUCUGGUCGUCUCGCGGAACUACGUUCUAUCUUGACAGAGUACGAGAUGGAAGUGUUCCGUGCUCUGGGCAAAGACUGCGGCGAGAUCAUUGGCCAAGUGGCUCGUGCUGUACGCCCCACCAUGAGUGAAUGGGAAAUUGCUGGUCAACUAUCCGCCAAGAUGUGGGCACGUGGAAUCACGCCCGUUGUCAUGCUGGUAGCUGCAGACGAGCGUGUCGACACUAUCCGACACCCUCUACCAACCAAGAAACGCGUCAAGAACAAGGCGAUGCUCGUGAUCUGCGGUCAACGUGCUGGUUUGAUCGCCUCCACCACUCGUCUAGUGUAUGUCACAACGACACCGAACGCUACGAUCCCGGACGAUUUACUACGUCGUCACGAAGCUGCUACUUAUGCUGGAGAAAUGUUUAAGAUGGCACAAGAUGCGUACGCUGAGAAAGGGUUCGACGAUGAAUGGAAACUCCAUCAUCAAGGUGGCUGUGCUGCCUACAAGAGUCGGGAAUGGGUAGCCAAUCCAACGAUCAACCGCGUCACGGGCUUGAACCAGGCGUACGCGUGGAAUCCAUCGGUAGCAGGCACAAAGUCGGAGGAUACAGUACUAUGUUACGCGAACGCAGAGGGCAAAGCGGUCGUGGAGACCAUCACGUCUUCACCGGACUGGCCGAUGAUACAACACUCCAUUGGAGACGUCACGAUCGCUCGUCCCAAGAUCUUACACCUGCAGUUCUAA